AUGGACCAACUCAUCGACUUACUCGCCAAUGGCGAAGAGGUAAUCGACGUGGAUGAGGAAUCAUUUCUCCUCUACGCACAAGACAUCCAAAGCAACAACCUAGGGAUGCUCAAUCCCCGUGCACCAUCAGUAGAGAUCUCUAUCAAUGGCAAUGAAUAUACAAUCCAUCAAUCACCAUCAUUACUCUCCUCCCAUCGAGCGGGGGGAACUACAGGCGCCGUUCUAUGGAAAAUUACCCCCCUAUUCGCAGAAUGGAUAACCAAUCCCUCAAACCCGCUCUGGACAAACGCCCUCCUUAGCCAGACUUCAACAGUCGCCGAACUCGGCACCGGGAUCUCCGCACUAGUCGCACUCGUACUGGCGCCCUCCGUGCGCCACUACAUCGCCACAGACCAGGAAUACGUGCGCAAGUUGUUCCGGACGAAUCUUGACGCCAAUGCGUCCGUCCCUGUCUCUUCUAGCAACAGCAACAGUAAAGCAAAAGGCAAGAGCAAGGGAUCCAAAUCAUCCAAAUCAAAGCCAAGCUUGACCACCAAGCCUGUUGAUAAUAUCUCCUUCACAACCCUAGACUGGGAGACUGACCAGGCCGCCUCACUAAAGGAAUGUAUGGAUCCCGACGAGUCUCAUGGCCAAGAUGGAGAGGAAGAAGGAGAGGAAGAUAAAGGCUUCGACCUUCUCCUUUCCUGUGACUGCAUCUACAAUGAAGCACUCGUGGCGCCGUUUGUGCGCACCUGCGCCGAGAUCUGUCGACUCCGGCCGGCGUAUGUGGCAGGUUCUGAGGAACAUUGCCCGCGCCGCAAGCCGACGGUUUGCAUUAUCGCGCAGCAGCAGCGGUCGCCCGAUGUGUUUGAGACUUGGCUCAGGGAGACGAUGCGGGAGUUUCGGGUUUGGAGGUUGAGUGAUGAUGUGCUUGGGGAGGGACUGAAGAGCGGGUCUGGAUAUUUGGUACAUUUGAUAUUGGCAAAGGAUAAAUAG